GAGAACACGUAUAACGUAUAUAAAGAGGAGAAACCAAAUAAAGACUCAGACGAUCGCAUAGUGCAGAGAGGUUAAUCAUGGACAUCCUUAGAGGACUGGGACUGAUUUUAGUGCUAACUGUUUCACACGUGUUGUCCUCUACCACCGAGUCUUCGGAUUUUUCCUCGACAACUGAGUCGAGUCCUACUGUUCCCACAAAUACUUCAGAUGAAUCUGGCUCUGAGUUAUCAGAGGAAGGGGUCUAUGUUCGAGUUUUGGGACAAUCCGGGAAGAUUCUCAUGGGAAGGACCAGAAACCCAGCGGAAGACCCCAAUGGCAUCAAAGUGACUUUCGAUGCCAUACAAGAGACAGAUAAAGAUGGAAAAGCUAUUGGUACAUCAGGGCGUGUCAAACACAGCUUCAACACGUUCGCCAGCCAGAAAUUUACGGUCUCUGACAUUACAGACGACGUUUACCAGAAUCUGACCGCCAAAAGACUUGACUUUGUUGCUAGCCUAGCGUCAGUUGGAGCCACGCUAACUGUUCAAAUUUACCUGUUUAGUGAAGAGGGAAAUAUCACGCAAAGUGAUGAGGUCACUCAAGUAUCUAAAGGGACAUUAAAGUUUAACAUCAUCAUUGAAAAUUGGACAUUUUGUGGAACCAAUGGAGAGGAAUGCAGACAGGGGCAAACACUGAAUGAAGGGGAAUUCAUUGAUUUUACAAUAUCAAUAAAAGGCAAGAAAUCGGCCAGCAAAAAGCAAGGUGGGAAAAAGAGAACCAACGCCCAGGAAUUCGACUUGGGCGGGGAGGCGUCUGUUGUACUCUCAGGAAAGGCCCGAUACGAUAACAGUUCAAAUUACGAUGAUCUGCCAGAAGGAUUCCCCAAAACUCUAGUGAGAGGAUCAAGCCAGUUUUUUGUGUUCAGAUUUAAGAAAUUCAACUCCUCUGUGUUUUAUGACCCUCAGUUGAACUUGGAGGGAAAUGAUACACUGGAGGGAAGCACCACCGAGACUCCCCCAUCAGAUGAAACUAUUUCUGCUGCCCAGAUUACAACCAGGAUUCUAGGAAGGUCCGGGAAAAUGACAAUUGGACAAGGUAGCGACCCCAACCAAGAUGCCAACAAAGUGCAGGUGACAUUUGAUGAACUGAAGGAAGUGAACAGCGCCGGGACAGCUGUCGGAACAAGUGGUGCAAUGAAACACAGCUUUAAUACCUUUGCAAGUCUUGACUUCCAGUUCUCCCAAACGGAGGACGUUACAUAUAUGGGUCUAUCGGCAAAAAGAUUAAACUUUACUGCCGACAUUGUUUCUGUUGAUGCCAAACUUACAGUGCAGGUUUACAUAUUUACGAGGGCUGGGGAAAUCGAUGUAGAUGGAGAAACCACCAAAGUGGCUUCAGGAUCAGUGAAGUUCAACAUUAGAAUAGACAAUUGGAAAUUCUGUGGAUCUAAUGGGGUCACAUGUAGAGCUGGCAACACAAAUGAAGUUGGGAGGGCAAUAGAUUUUACCAUUUCAAUCAAAGGCAAAAGCACUGGACUGAAGAGAAUGAAGAACAAGAGGACAGAUGGCGAAGAAUAUGACUUGGGUGGAGGCGCUGCAGUUCUUCUAUCCAGAAAGAUACGAAUUGAUGGAGGAAACUACACAAACAUGGCAGAAGGGUACCCCAAACUUGAUGCACGUGGCAGUCAACAAAUGUUCGUCUUCCGGUUUCCAAACUUUACGUCAUCAGUCCUGUAUGACCCUCAGAUUGUCCUGUCUGUCAGUGACGGCACGGACGGCUCCGGUGUCGUCACUUCCUCUCUAUCCCUCUUGUUCACAAGUUUAGCGAUCUUAAUGUCCAUGUUUCUUGAAUGAAUUGAAAUGAGUCUUAAAAGAAUAUGUAUGACAAAUCCAGCACCUUGUUCACUCAUUUCAAUUGAAUCUACAACAAAAAUGAUAAAAGCCAUUGAGGAAUAACAAUAUUGUUCAUGAGCCUGUUCUCUCUAGAAUUUAUUUCAUUCACUUCGUUAUUAAGAAAAUAAACAUUAAGUAUCACCAUUUCUUACCUCUGUAUCAUUCUUAACUCCUGAUCACUAGGGACUGGAACUGUUGAAUAUAUGACGAUGUGAGAGAAAGUUGCCAGAAGAUGCAGGCGUCUUUUGUAUAUUAUCACUAUGAAGAAUGCCAAAUGACAUGUGUAUCAUGUGCAUUAUAUUAUUA